GUAACUCAGUUGGUUGUUUUCUCCCGGUGGGAGGCACUACCCUUGAAGAUCAAACGGCGAGAACUUGAAUAUCCUGCACAGGACUCUGUCGACUCGCCGCUGAAGAAGUUCCCUCGUUUGUUUUAUGACUAAUAUAGGAUUCAGCCAGUAAGUAAACACUCUAGCGCUGCUGGAUACAUACGUCAGAAUUAGACACUGUCGUUAAAUCAGUGAACCGAAUCAAUCGAAGUAGCCACUACAACAACUACGUUUUAUUGGAUAUACUGUCAGGAAAAUGGCCUACAACGCAGAUACACAAGACUACGGAUAUGACGAAUAUUACUACGACGAUGGCGGUCACGAGAUUGACCAAUACCCACAGUAUGACAAUACAAUGAUGUCAAAUACAAGGGGUCAUGAGAGUGUCAGCCGGAUAGCGUACAGCAAGCCAUCGCCAUCACCGGGUAGUAAAUUGCCAGUAAUGCGGCGUUCAGGAAUACCCAUGCCAAGCAGUAACAAACAUUCCCCCAAGAAAACGUCAGCACAAACAGCAGGGCACAAAUAUACGUCGACGUCGGCACAGUUCACGGAACGAAAAAUUAAAUCGUCUCCAUUAUCGUCACCCUCGCAUUCAAGUUCGACUCGACUGAAAGAGCCGAAAAUUAGAAGUCCAGAGGUUCGCGACCUCAAAACGCCCGAUAGUGACGGGUCCGAAGAGCUCAUUACAUCGAUGAGGUAUGAUGAAGACCAGUUUAAUGCCAGUCGUUCGUCGUCUUCUUCCGUGUUGGACAAACUUGGAGUUUUAGAAGAACGUAUGGACUCCGUGGCCACCGACAACAGUCUUUCCAGUUUGGACACGAUUGAAAAACUAACAUCUUUACACGAGCGUAUUAAUCAAUUAGAAGAGCAGAAUUUCAAAAUAUUAGAAGAGGUAACCAGGCAACCGGAUACUCCACCAGCUGCCAUGGUCAAUGGGGAGAAAGAUAAAGAAAUUCAGGAGAACAGAGAUUUGGAAAUCAUGGAAAAAAUGAUUUUAUUGGAGGAUAAACUAGAAGGCAUUAUGUUAGAUAACAAAUCGGCUACACAAAACAUUGAAGGUGUAUUGAGUAAAAUGGUUCAAGACAUGUCAACAAAAAUGGACACCGUCAAGAAAAACGCUACUGAGAUUCAAGAAAAAAUGACUGAAAAUAUCCGCGCCGACAUGGAAAAUAUGAUGAAACAGUUUUCAGAAAGUGGUGAUAAAAGUAAAGAAAUGGAAAUCGAAAACGCCUCUCUUCGUGACAAAUUGUCGAGAAUGGAAGACAUUUCGAAAAGUUUGGUAGAAAGGGAUGAGACAAUCAAGAAACUGGAACGAGAGAAUAACGCUCUUAAAUUGGAAUCUACUAAAAACAAAGAAAUCGCCAAAGACGUUACAGCGAAGGAUGAGAAAUUGAAACGAUUAGAGCGCGAAAAAGCGGAUCUGCAACUGCAAGUGACUCGGUCACAGACCGUCUCAAAGACUCUAUCAGAGAAAGAAGACAAAAUCAAACAACUUGAGAAAGAAGCGGCAACAUCAAAAUCGGAGGCCUCAAUUAAAAAUGACAAACUAACAGCUACAGUGGGGGAGAAAGACAACAAAAUUAAAGAACUUGAGAAAGAAAUAACUAGUAUGAAAUCCAAACUUUCUACCGCUGAAAGUAAAAUAAAGUCACUAACGGAGGAGGUAAAGACAGCUGCCCUCAAAGCGUCGUCGCAGCAGAACGUGAACCAGCCUACAGCAGAAGAUGAGCAAUCGGGGAAGAAAAAGAAAGGAGGCAAAUUUAAAAAACUUUUUUAGACAUCAUGUAGUAUGUAUAUUGACUGCACGACAGGUGAUGUCGUUUAAUAGACUCGGUAAUGAUGAAACGUCUUCAACAGAGUGGUGCAAGACCAGGUGUAAGUCAUUCACGUCGUUUUUAUAAAUUGGUGUAUUAUAUUACAACAGUCGUACAAGUAGUGCACUACAUGCCAGUAAAAAGUGAUUAAUCUCACAGCAACAUAAGUAUUUAUGAUUAAUGAAUACUCUUUAUUUAAGUUCACCUUUAACCUCUAUUGAUUUACGAUCCGACACCGCGUUUACAAUGUACCGCUGUUUUCUCUACCCAGAUAAUAUCUGGAAUAGAUGUUGUAAUUCCACCAGUUUUAUUCAUGACCACGAUUACGUGUAUUUACAUCUAUUUAAACAGAUUCAAAGCUCAAUAGUUACCAGUUGUCAAGGAGACAGCACUUGCUUCGAGAAUGCAUUGUAACACACGGGGGUCAUUAAAAGUACUAGUUCUAUUGCAGUCAAAUGCAAUAGACCGGUAAAGAAAUCCGGGUGACGAAUAUACAUAAAUGUCGACUAAAUGAAAUGCACUCAGCAUACACAGCCAAACUUUUAAAUGUAAAGACCAUUCCUAAGUUCUAGUCAGGCGAAGAGCGCUUAUAUAUGAUGUUAGAUCUGUUACUGCGAGGUACGUAUAGAGUAAGCCGGUAUGGCAAAAGCCACUCUCAAGUAGAAUGGUCUCUUUCAGAACAUAGUACUUGUAUGACACUCUGUACGCAAUCCUAUACGUGUUUUCAAUGAAAGAACGUGUAACCAAACUCGAUAGUAUCGACAUGAUUACUGUGCCAUGUCCGUCCGAUCACCAUACACUCUAUGAUAUAUGAUUUAUUAAUAACAAAUGUGAACCAGAAAUAUUUACAUACUAGCUCGUAAAUAUGGAUAAUGUUUUUCGACAAUCACAUGUAAAACACGAACCAUGAUGUCUUUGAAGAAUUAAGGGGCUGUAAUUACAUACACUGGGCGUCUAACAUUUGGGGGUGUGCCUUUAUUGGGUUGCGUGGCCUGAAACCUCAGAUUGAUAGUACCGUGGCUAAUUUCUCUCAAAAGAUUGGCAUAUGCAUUCCACAGAUAGUGAGUCACUAGCAUGAUUGUGUAAAUAAGCGCACGUGACCCGAUGACAGCUGCACAUGACUGUAGCUAUAUUAAAUAGAAGAACUGUUGGAAAUGUGUUCUGUUUUUCUUUAAAUAGUCAAAAUACACAAUGUAAAUUUAAAUUUAAUUUGAUUAAAACUUGAACAAUUUCAACUGCUGAAUUAUGAUGAAUAACAUUUUAAAUUAAACUGAGCAAUAUUGAUUUCAUUAUUACAGUUAUAUUUUGGAAUAAGCUCAUGUUUUCAUUUUCAUAUUACAAUCGAUUGUAUUUCCAUCGUUAUGUGAUCUGAGUUGGUCGAUAUAAUUUAUUAUACAAUCUUCACAGUGACCUUCUAAUGAUGACUAUUAAUUCUCUUUGUUUUUCUGUAAGUUUUAUUUUACACACUGUACUAGAUUGUUUUGUUUAGUUGAUAGUUAAGCUAAGUUUAUCGGUGACGGAGACUGUUUAGUUGAUAGUUAGAGUCGGAGGUUUAUAGACGACGGACGCGUCUGUGUAUGGGAUGAUGUCAUGAUCCGAGAUAUGAACACAUAACGUCAAAGCAUUUUAAUACGUAUUUGAGCAUACCAAAUCAUAAUACCCAAUAAUAAACACAUCAAAUCACGUCA